GAGAACGCUUGGCGAACCACUCUCCCACCCAGCUGUCCAAGUCCUGCGCACUUAGCUGAGAUGUCUGCGGAUGAGAUACAGCAGCUGAAGGAGUGGGUGGAGCAGCAGCCGCACCUGCCGCCAGUGCCAGAGGAGCAGCUGCCACUGUUUCUGCGGACAGCCGACGGCGACCUGGAGAAGGCAAAGGAGGGCGUCGACCUGUACUACACGGUGCGCACCCACGCCCCAGAGGCGUUCUCCAACAGGGACCCCCUGAUGCCCGAGAUAGACAACGUCGCUGCACUCUUCCACGUGGCGGCCUCGCCGGUGCUGCACCCUGACGGCUACAUCGUGCUGUUCGCGCGCCUGCUGCCCGACACGGCGGACCGCUUCGUGCACGCGGACGCGCUCAAGUUCUACUGGAUGUGCGAGGACCUGGCCCUGCGCGAGCACCCGGCCGCCACCGGCUUCCUCUUCGUGUUCGAUCUGAGCGGCAUGUCGCUGCCCCAUCUGGCGCGCCUCAACCUCGUGCUGCUCAGGCAGUACCUCGUCUACACACAGGAUGCCCUGCCGUCAAAGGUAAUUGGUAACCACAUGGUUAACGUCGUCCCGGCGACGGAGACGUUGAUUAAUAUCAUGAAGCCCAUAAUGAAGAAGGAGCUCUCCGACAAGCUUUUUGUCCAUUCAAAGGACAUGGAAGAAUUUUACAAACACGUGCCGAAAUCAGUUCUGCCCAAGGAUUAUGGUGGUGAACUGGACAGCCUCGAAGUCUACCAUAACGAGACGCGGCAGCGGCUGAAGGAGCACCGCGAGUGGUUCCUGUCGGAGCAGGCGCUGCGGGUGGACGAGUCCCGCAGGCCAGGGCGCGGCCUCACCGCCACCGACGUCUUCGGCAUGGAGGGCUCCUUCCGCGCCCUCUCCAUCGACUGAGCGCGCCGCGCCUCACUCGGCCUUCCGCCGCUGUCUCGCUGCACCACGCUCGCUUCCGCAGUAGCCAGUUACCGGCACGGCCCAGCUCAUUCAUAACCUGGGACGGCUUACAUUCUAGUGCACCAUCAACCUUAGGAGAAUUACUUCAACAAGAAUCACGAUUCUUCGCUUUCACUAGCGUUUGGAUACCCGCAUAUCUCAAGAUUAUCUACCCGCCCUUCUAAACACACCAAUAUGAUAUCAUUAUUAGUUUGUACAAAAAGAAAGUUUGUUCAAAAAUAAAAUGGGGAGUGUAGCAAAAUUCUAGGAAACAAAAUUACCUGGCGCAGGAAAUGGUGAAAGUGACAACUGACAGGAUGUUGAUAUGCAUAAUUCUUUAAAAAUUCUUUCUUUCUUUCUUUUGCUUAUGCCGGUUUUCACGUAGAUACGCAGGGUCGGCAUGGUUAAUCGGAUGUGGCAAUAAUAGUUGAGGGGGUGGCCGGAUGCCCUUCCUGCCGCCACCCCGUACCCCCCAGGAAGGAAUUAGUGCACCCCAACGGUCUGCGACGAUUGUAAUCCAUCGAAUAGUCCGAAAGUGUUCAGAUGUCUGCGAGCCGUGUAACUGAGGCGGGACGUGGAGACCAGCCCGGUAUUCACCUAGAGGGAUGUGGAAAACCGCCUAAAAACCACAUCCAGGCUGGCCGGCACACCGGCCCUCGUCGUUAAUCCGCCGGGCCGGUGCGCCUACCCGAGUCCAGGAAGCAGCGCGUUAGCGAGCUCGGCUAACCUGGCGGGUGCGUAAUUCCUUAACAAUGUUUACAUUUAUUUAUUGACCAAUUUCAGCUUCUUCGAGUGCAUGCGCAUGAUGACCGACGCUAGGUGCUCAGCGCUCAAAUUGCCUAAACGCAAAAGCUGAAUUUCUAACACAAUGAAGCAAACGAUUAAAUAAACUGCCCCCUUGGAUUUCACCAACUUUACAAUAACGUUGGCCAAUUUUGUAUUUUACCGAAAAUAAUAACACAACAGUAAAAGGAGACCAGGAAAACACAAUAAUCAGUUUCAUUCGGCAUCCCAAAGCUUAGAAUAUACCCAACCUAAAGCUGGUAACAUAACUAGCAAUACACAAGUGUUUAACGAGAGAGCUAAAAUCAGCUGUCGAACACAUUAGCCCAAGCUACCCACUGCUGUACGUAAGAAAUGAAAAGGAAAUGAAGCAGUGAAUGCCGACAAAAAGGUGAGAUUGAAAUUUCACUGAACACAACAACAUAAAAUAACUUUCCCAGUGUUACUGCACUAACCACAAGUGAGUGGCUGUAGUUGAAAAGCAUGAUCUGUUGGUAACAUACUUUGGCCAGCCUCAGCCAUACUCCUUUCACUAGACGACUGCACUAUACUUUAUAAUUUUGAAAAAAUAUUUAUUGUUUUUAAUGAACUCUUCCCCCACAUUCCACAUAUGUUUUAAACUUAACAAUUUAAGUUUCUGUAGUAGAUAUCACUUUUCCCAAUGAAUACCGUAUUCAAUAUAUUGAGGUUCAGGGUCUAACUUGCACAUCUUUAAAAAGUAUUCCCAGAUAAAGUCAACAACAAUGAACGGAACUUUUUUUUUUUUUGUCGUUUUCAUGAAGUCUGCAGAACAUGUUACUGAAAGUACAUGGAUAGUCUAACAGUGUGCUACAAAGUAUUGUCAGGUUCUGGACCCUACUUACAAAAAAAACUCUUUAAAAAGUUGUUGGUAAUGUAAUUCAGCAAGAAUUAACAACCUUCUUUUUGGUGGGCAUAAAGUACCCAACCCUCAUUUGUAAUGCUCAUUACGAAAAGUGCCUUGGUAUUGCCAGGAUUCACCGUCGUAGCUGAAUGUACACUGCAGCUAAGAACACUAGACUGCAGCCCACUCUGCGCUCCCUGGAUCGACGAAACCAACUGCCGUCCACUACUCCACACCGGAAUGAUUUCCUAUGUUGACAGGAAGCCAGCCCAGACUCCAAGUCCUCCAGGCUUGCUCGGCGACUUCCUGCUUUGCUAUGUCCAGCCAGCUGCUCCACUUGGAAGUUCCUACAUGUGUUGCCUUCUACCUGGACAUCAUUCCACUGUCGUCUCCGCUGUGACUCUCUCAGAUGAUGGCUGUGGCCACUGUCCACCCAAACAAGGUCGUUUUCUCAGUAGCCAACAGCUUCGACUGCCACGCUAGGACAUAAACAAGCUCAGCCGCCACACCGUAUGUGACCUGGCGUCGAACCCAAGUCUCUGCCGUCGCUGUCGAAGUCGCUGUUGCCAGUUCUCUCCCGUCCAUGAGACAGCUCCUCGCUGUGACAGGACGCUGAUCCACGCCUCGUCUUGAUACCGCAAGCAGCAAUUUUUGCUGGCGCUGGUGCGCUCUUCUGCGGCGAAAGGCAACUCAAGCACUGGUUCCAGUAGCCAAGCGAGGCAAGAAAAUUAUUGUGACGUUUAUCACUAAUCCGAGGUACAAUAAUAAAUCGAACUAUCCUCUACACACAACUAUACAUACCUGAAUAAGUUACUUAUACAAACGCAUACAAUCGUGCACAGACGUUAGUUUCCUUUGUAAUUUAGAUUUCUAGAAUUUUACUAGCACCCUCUUUGUUUCUUUUUAAGCAGCUCAUCUGAUCAUGGCAAUUAAGUCGAUAUCGAUAAUAAUAUCAUUUUAUUAUUAACUUACAACAUGCUUUCUGUGUUCCCGUAAGGCUGUAUACCCAGUCUGUAUAAAACUACUGUCUUGAAUGUUUCCGUUCACUUCCAACGACUUUCAUAAGCCUAGGUAAGGUCUGGCAGUAUGUCCUGCUUCGGAGUAAGUAUUGCCACAGUUCAACACAUUUCGUUUCAUAGGCGUGAUAUAUUUUUUUAGAAUUAUUUUGUUGAAUUGUAGAUUUAAAACGUUGUUGCUACGACAAACCAACAGUAUCUUAUAUCAAUACGUUAUGAAAUAUUACUCUCCGCAACGUUAAAGAAAAAGUCUUUACUAUUGAUCUCAUUCCCGUAGAGAGCGUCACAUGUAAUUUCAAAAGACCAUAUUUUUUACAUAAAACAUGAUCUGUGAUAGAAACGGAUUCCUGUUGGAAAUACUUUCUACACACUUGAACGCCAAUGAUAAUUUCACAUUCUGUGCAAAAUGCAAUACAAAUCACUACAGUGGUUUUGACGAAAGUGAAGUUCAUAAACCAACGUUCUUAUCGAACAAGAAGAACUUUUAAUGACAUGCACGUUGACAAAGAAACAUGGUUGCUAUAUCACUGCGCUGCAACUUUGCCACAUCGGCUACAGUCGGCGGCCGUGGUAAUCUCUUUGUUUAGAUUAAGGCAGCGCUCGUCGUCUUACAUGUUCUGUCACAUGUAACAUAAAGUUCAAGAUGAAUUCACCUGAAAUUAAUUACUUCAGCAUUUUAUCUCAGUUACCGUAGCUCGAGAACCGAGAACAUUUCAUCUUGUAAUUAUUUCAGUUCUUUAUUUCUUCACUUAUUCCAAAUGAAAGUAAUUUUCGCAGGACGUAAGCAGUGCAUUUCAUUCUGGCAAAAAAUGGCGUAAGUAUUUCACUUCAUUUGGUAAUGUUAGGGAAAAGUAUUUCUGAUUACACUUGAGUUUCUGAUAGGUGGACGAAGCUAAUAGUAGUUUGCAUGUAAUAUAUAACAGCCUUUUUGUACCGAAUCAUGCAUAGCUUCACAAAUGCUAAUACGAAUUCACUGAUGAAGAAAUUUUUUGUUUUUCCUUCAUAAAUUUACUAAAAUGUACGAUUAAUGGACGCUUUGCUUCAUUCAACAACUAACAAAAUGAACAUAAAUUCGUAUUUUAAGAAGUUGUGUGAAGAACUACGUUGUUUCUGAGAAUAUUGUUGAUUUAUUAAACUACUGCCCAGCUUAGAGUCAGGAUCACUCUCAAGUCGACUUCCGAGAAAUCACAUCGAACUUGUAAUUGUUUUCUGUAAAUUUGCAAAGCAUCACUACGUCUAAAAUUCAGAAAUUCGAUUAAACUUACUUGUAAAGAGAUAACAUGAGUAAAUUCGUUAUGAUUUGCAACUAUUCUGCAUAAAUAGAUUAUGUGUGACUUUUUGUUAUACACAAUGCAUGAAAGUAGGUCAGCAGAUUAUUUGCUUGGUAAGAAACAUUUUUCUGUAUAAGAUUUUUUCACAUAUAUUCUAUCAGAAGCGGCAAACCAUGAAAAUAAUGCAGAUAUAAUCUAUAUUGUUUGUACAGCUCUGCUCAAGAGACAUUUUGUAACAGGAAAGAGUGCUCUACAUGUUUACAUUAGAAAGAAGUGUUUUCCUUUUAUAUUACUCUGACAAAAUAUUUAUUUGGGAGCAUUUAAUAAAAAAAAUAAAAUAUCGUUUUUCAUUAAUAAACUUUAUUUAUAUUGCAUUUCUCGGUUUAUAUGAAAUGUAUUUUCUGUUGUACAGGCGAGACACCUAUUAAAUAUUGAUGCAAAGUU